UCAAACUUUGUGCUCAGAUAUUUAAGAGUGUUGAGGGCGCGGAUCGAAGCCAAUUUUCAGCUGUGUAAAGAAAGUUGCAGUCAACUGAAGAGAGAGGAGACGGCAGAUCGCGCAACGGCCGCGUACAGGAGGGUUAGGAUAUAAUUUGAAUGUGAGAGGGUAGUAUAUUAGUAGGUUAGAGAUGGAUUACCACAGUCUUCCCCGCAAGCAGUUGCAGGCCAUGUGCAAGAAGCACGACAUCCCUGCUAACCAAACGAAUGUGCAGAUGGCGGAUGCCCUCACCACUCUUUUAAAAGCUGAGGGCAAACCUAAAUCUGACGCAAAUGCGGGGAGGAUGCAGAGUGUAAGUCUUGAAAGUGGCAAGGAGAAGUCUGUUUCGACAAUGAAAUCCAACGUUCCAAAGGCCUCUACUAGGCCCAGCAAAGAGGCAGUUAAAUCUGCUGAAGAAGAAGGCUGUGAGGAGCAUGUGGCAUCCGUGGAGGAUGUUGAAAGCAAUGAAGGGGCCAAGGCUGGAAAGACAAGGGGAAGAGGCUUGCCUAAGUUGGUACCCGAAAGUAAGGAACACAAAGAUGAAAUUGAUGGGACCACUAGAAAACACUGCCGAGGGACUCAAAGGGAAAGAACCUGCAAGAUUUCUGUCUCUGACUUCAGCACUGUGGGUGUUAGUUCAAAGAAAAAGAAGACAAGUGCUUCAGAGGAUGAGCCAGUUGAUGAAAAGGCCCGGGAGAAUAUUGAAGGGCAACAAAGUUUAAAGGUUGAGGAAACCUUACAAGACCAAGAUAACAAUGGAAAACAUUUGAGGCACCUGAGAAAGAAGACGAUGCCAGAAGAACAGACCAAGCUCAAGGUGCUUGACGUUGGAACCAAAAGAACAAGGGCUGGUAAAGCCACACAUCAUCUCGCAGUUGCCACAGAGUUUUCUGUCAAAGAUGUAGAUGGAGAAGAGGAGAAUGUGACCAAUAAGUUGCCUGUCGUAAUAGAUAUAGUUGACAGCGAUGACGACGAAGUUGUAUAUGGGGUAAAGGACAAAGCUGAUAUAGUUGAUGUCUCAGUGAAACCCACAGCGGAUCCUUCCGAGUCCCUAAAACCAGUAGUCACUGUGAAUAGUUCUGAAUCUCCCAAACGAGUGGUCACCCGUAGGGCCCAUAAAGGAGGGGACAAGAAGGAGGAGGUCUUGAAAACUAGCAGUGAAGAUGUUAAGGUUAGUGCAGUUUGUAGUUCAGUUGAACCCACGUCGAAUUCUUCUGAGUGCUUGAAAAAAGCUGCGACUCUAAGGGGAAAAAGGGAGGAGAAGGAGGUGACUGCUAGCUUUGAAGAAGGCAAGGUUGAUACAGUUAAUGUUUCAGAUGAAUCAGCUGUAAAGCAAAGAGGACAAAAAGGUGGGAAGAAGGAAGAGUUAAUUGUAACAAACAGUAUUGAGGAGGCCAAGAAUAUUGUAACUGAUGUUCCUGUUGAAGCCACUGUGAAUGCUUCUGAAUCUCCCAAACGAGUCAUUACUCGAAAGGGUCGUAAGGCUGAGCACAAGAAGGAGGUGUUGCAAACCAACAGUGAAGAGGAUAAGGUUAAUUCAGUUUGUGUCUCAGCUGAACCUACUUCAAGUUCUUUGAAGUGCCUGAAACAAAUUGUGACUCGAAGGGGACAAAAAUUCAGCCACAAGGAGGAGAAGCUGAUGAAUGCUAGCUCUGAAGAAGACAAGAUUGAUGUGGUUGAUAUUUCAGAUGAACCUGCUGUUAAUCAAAGAGGACGAAAGGGUGGGAAGAAGGAAGAGUUAAUUGUAACCAAUAGUGUUGAGGAGGCCAAGAACAUUGUAACCGAUGUUCCUGAUGAAGCCACUGUGAAUGCUUCUGAAUCUCCCAAAGGAGUGGUCACUCGCAAGGGCCGUAAGGGUGAGCACAAGAAGGUGUUGAAAACUGUUGGUGAAGAGGAUAAGUUUAAUGCUGUUUGUGUCUCAGAUGAACCCACUUCAAGCUCUUUGGAGUGCCUGAAACAAGUUGUGACUCGAAGGGGACAAAAAUGCAGCCACAGGGAGGAGAAGCUGAUGAAUGCUAGCUCUGAAGGAGACAAGAUUGAUGUGGUUGAUGUUACAGAUGAACCUGCUGUUGAUCAAAGAGGACGAAAGGGUGGGAAGAAGGAAGAGCUAACUGUAACCAACAGUAUUGAGGAGGCCAAGAACAUUGUAACUGAUGUUCCUGUUGAAGCCCCUGUGAAUGCUUCUGAAUCUCCCAAAGGUGUGGUCACUCGCAAGGGCCGUAAGGGUGAGCAUAAGAAGGAGGUCUUGAAAACUGGCAGUGAAGAGGAUAAGUUUAAUGCAGUUUGUGUCUCGGUUGAACCCACUUCAAGUUCUUUGGAGUGCCUGAAACAAGUUGUGACUCGAAGGGGACAAAAAUGCAGUCACAAGGAGGAGGUUGUCAAUGCUAGCUCCGAAGAAGAUAAGGUUGAUGUUUUUGAUGGACGUGCUGUUAAUCGAAGAGGACGAAAGGGUGGGCAGAAGGAGUCGGUUGUAAUCACUAGUGCUGAAGAGGCCAAGAAUAUUGGAUCUGAUGUUCCCGCUGAAGUUACCGCGAAUGUUUCCAAAUCUCCCAAAAGAGUGGUUACUCGCAAGGGCUGUAAGGGUGAACACAAGAUUGAAGAGGUGUCGAAAGCUAACAGUGAAGAAAAUAAGGUUAAUGCAGUUUGCGUCUCAGUUGAACCGACCUUGAAUUCUUCUGAGAGCCUGAAACAAGUAGUAACUCAAAGGGGAGUAAAAUGUAGCCAGGAAUUAUUGGUAACUGAUAGUAUUGAGGAGGCCAAGAAUGACACAACUGACAUUUCUGUUGAAGAUAAUGUGAGUUCUUCUGUAUCUCCUAAAAGACUGGUCACUCGCCAGGGGUGUAAGGUGGUGCAUGAGAAGGUAUUGGAUGCUAGUGCUGAAGAGAGCAAGGUCAACCCAGUUAGCAUCCCAGUUAAACCCAUUGUAAAUUGUUCUGAGACCCCCAAACAUGUGGUCACUCGAAGAGGAAGAAUCAAUAAACAGGAGGGGAGAAAAGUAGUCACUGCGAUUUCUUCUGACUGUCUGAAACAAGUAGUGACUCGAAGGGGAGGAAAGUGCAGACAGAAGAAGUUACUGGUAACUGAUAGUAUUGAGGAGGCCAAGAACAAUGCAACUGACAUUUCUGUUGAAGAUAAUAUGAACGCUUCUGAAUCUCCCAAAAGAGUCGUCACUCACCAGGAAUGUAAGGUGGGGCAUGAGAAGACAGUGAAUGCCAGUGCCAAAGAAAGCAAGGUUGAUCCAGUUAAAUUCACUGAAAAUUGUUCCAAGACCCCUAAACGUGUUGUCACUAGAAGAGGAAGAAUCAAUAGACAGGAGGAAGUUCUGGAAACUAAUAUUGUUGAGGAAGCCAAGAACAUGACUGACAUUCCUGUUGAAGCCUCUCUGAGUUUCGAAGAUGAUGGUUCUGUUGAAGUGACUGGAAAUCCAUCUUUAAAACAUGUCACUUAUGAGGGACAAAAUAGCUGGUUCAAGGAGGACUUGGUAAAUGCCAGUCCUGAAGAGAACAAGGUUGAUGCAAGUGGUAUGCCAGAUGAAAGUAUUCAGGGCCAAGGGGAGUCAAGUUCUGAGGUAGAUGAGUCAGAUGGGAAAGAAAAAAAGGCUGAUUUUAGAAAUCUAAAUGAUAAGAAUUAUGGUUUUAAAAUGAAGACAAGAAGAACCCAGCCAAGGCAAAAGCCAGGUAAGGAUUUGCAGCAGAACAAGGGUAACAUAAUAGAAGACAACAAUAGUGACGAGAAGCAGAAGCAAACUAGUUCUGAUACUGAUGGUGUGAUGCAAAAGACAAUUAUUCGUAGGGGUUUACGAAGAAAAGCUACAUAUGGAAAACAUAACAUCAGAAAAAGCAGUCAACAAGAAGACUUCGUUCAGACUGAGGGCCAUAUAGAUGGAGGACUUCAUUCUAGCACUUUGGGUGAUUCUGCCAGUGACCAAGAAGGACAAUUUGAUGUUGAUAACUUGAAUGAAUCUCUUGAGUCUAUAGAAGAGAAAACUAAUCGACCUCUUGGUGAUUCUGCCAAUGACCAAGAAGAUGGAGAUUUUGAAAAGAAACCAGACAAAGUUGAUACUUCCGCAGAUUUGGCUGCAAAAGCUGAUGAAGGUUUGGAGGAGCAAACGAUGGCUGGAAGCACAGUUUUUAUUGAUAAUAUUUUGGACCAAUCUCUUGAGUCUGUAGAGGAAGAUUCAAAUCUUACAUGUGAAGCUGGUCUAGAAUCUGCUGUUAAUGAAGAUGAUGCACACAAAUUAAGGGAUUCCAGCAGCUGUGAGGAAGACAAUUUCAAUGAUGUAAAGGAAAAGGAAAUCGACCUGAUUCAAGAUCUAGAAAUAUCACAACAGAAGGCAGCAUGUGGUGAUUCUUUCAAUGAUCAAGAAGAUGCAGAUUUUGAAAAGAAAACAGAGAAAGUUUAUACUAGCUUAAAUUUGGCUGCAAAAGAUGACAAUGCUUUGGAGGACCAAACAAUGGCCGGUAAUGGUAUGAUAGCUGGAAGCAUAGUUUUUGCCAACAAUAUUUUGGACAAAUCUGUUGAGUCCCUGGAGAAAGACUCAAACCUUCCGUGUCAGGUUGAUAUAGACUCUGCUGUUAAUGAAGAGGAUGCACAUGAAUUAAGGGAUUCCAGCAGCUGUGAGGAAGAGGAUUUAAAUGAUGUAAAGGAAAAAGAACUUUGCCUUAUUCAAGAUGUAGAAAUAUCACAAAAGAAGGCAUCAUAUGGUGAUUCUGCCAGUGACCAAGAACACGAUGGAGAUUUUGAAAAGAAACCAGAGAAAAUUUAUACUGCCUCAGAUUUGGCAGCAAAAGCUGAUGAAGCUUUGGAGGAGCAAACAAUGGCUGGAAGCACAGUUUUUAUUGAUACUAUUUUGGACCAAUCUCUUGAGUCUCUACAGAAAGAUUCAAACCUUCUAUGUGAAGCUGGUCUAGACUCUGCUGUUAAUGACUUAAGGGAUUCCAGCUGCUGUGAGGAAGACAAUUUCAAUGAUGCAAAGGAAAAGGAAAUCUACCUGAUUCAAGAUCCAGAAAUAUCACAACAGAAGGCAGCAUAUGGUGAUUCUUUCAAUGACCAAGAAAAUGGAGAUUGUGAAAAGAAAUCAGAGAAAGGUUAUACUAGCUUAGAUUUGGCUGCAAAAGAUGACGAUGCUUUGGAGGAGCAAACAAUGGCUGGUGAUGGUAUGAUAGAUGGAAGCACAGUUUUUGUCGAUUAUAUUUUGGAAAAAUCUGUGGAGUCCUUAGGUAAAGAUUCAAACCUUCCAUGUGAGGUUGAUAUAGACUCUGCCGUUAAUGAAGAGGAUGCACCUGAAUUAAGGGAUUCUAGCAGCUGUGAGGAAGAUGAUUUAAAUGAUGUAAAGGAAAAAGAACUUUGCCUGAUUCAAGAUGUAGAAAUAUCACAACAGAAGGCGUCACAUGAUGAUUCUGCCAGUGACCAUGAAGAUGGAGAUUUUGAAAAGAAAUCAGAGAAAGUUCAUAAUAGCUCUAAUUUGGCUUCAAAAGAUGAUGACACUACGGAAGAGCAAACAAUGGUUGGUGAUGGUACGAUAGCUGGAAGCACAGUUUUUGUUGAUAAUAUUUUGGACAAAUCUGUGAAGUCCUUUGAGAAAGAUUCAAACCUUCCAUGUGAGGUUGGUAUAGUCUCUGCCAUUAAUGAAGAUGAUGCAGAUGAAUUAAGGGAAUCCAGCAGCUGUGAGGAAGAUAAUUUCAAUUAUGUAAAUGAAAAGGAAGUUUACCUGAUUCAAAAUAUAGAAAUAUCACAACAGAAGGUCUCAUAUGGUGAUUCUGCCAGUGUCCAAGAAAAUGGAGAUUUUGAAAAUAAAUUAGAGAAAGUUUAUACUAGCCCAGAUUUGGCUGCAAAAGAUGAUGAAGCUUUGGAGGAGAAAAUAAUGGCUGGUAUAGGUAUGAUAGCUGGAAGCACAGUUUUUAUCGAUAAUAUUUUAGACAAAUCAGUUGAGUCCCUAGAUAAAAUUUCCAACCUUCAACGUGAGGUUGGUAUAGACGUUGCUGUUGAUGAAGAGGAUGUACAUGAAUCAAGGGAUUCCAGCAGCAGCGAGGAAGGCAAUUUCAAUGAUGUAAAGGAAAAACUCAACCUGAUUCAAGAUCUAGACAUAUCACUUGAUGAAGAUGAAGAUUCCGGAGGGUGCCCCCUAGAUAAAAUUUCCAACCUUCAACGUGAGGUUGGUAUAGACGUUGCUGUUGAUGAAGAGGAUGUACAUGAAUCAAGGGAUUCCAGCAGCAGCGAGGAAGUCAAUUUCAAUGAUGUAAAGGAAAAACUCAACCUGAUUCAAGAUCUAGACAUAUCACUUGAUGAAGAUGAAGAUUCCGGAGAGUGCCAUAGUGGGGAGAUUUUGGUUGUAAAUGUUGUUGAAGAAGCUAGUUUGUCUGGUAUUCCAUUGAAGAAGCUUGAGCAUGCAAGCAGCAGUAAUAUAUCCUCUUGUUCAGGUAUAAAUGAUUCUGCUGUGGAAGAGAGGCAGGAGACUCUUCUAACUGAUUGUUGCAAGGAGAAUCUUUAUCAAUCAGAUGCUUCGAUGAAAAUCUCUGAGCUCAUCAAGGGCCACAAGGAAUUGUGUACUCCAUUGAAGAAGACAGAAUUUACAAGCAGCACUAAUGUAUCUUCUUGGUUAGGUAUGGAUGACUUUGUUACUGAAGAGAGUGUGGAACUUCCUGAAUUAGAUACUCUACAGGAGAUGCCUAAGUUGACAAAGGGCCACCUAUCUCCACACUUGAAUUCACUGUUUGAAGAGGACACUUCAUUGAAGAAGAGUGGGCUUACAGGCAGCACUAAUGUAACCCCUUGUUCAGGUAUGGAUGACUCUGCCUCAGAAUGGAGCCAGGAAGAUUGUAUGAUAGAGGAUUGCAAUCUGGGAGUUCCUGAAAUAGAUAGCCCAUCAAGUACACUUGUGCUUGAAAAGGGCCACAACGAAUACCUGUUCUUAGAUACAUUGUUUGGAGAGGGUACUCCAUUGAAGAAAUGUGAGCUAAUAAAUACUAAUGCAGUCCCUUAUUUAGGUAUGGAUGAUUCUGCCACAAAACGAAGUGAAGUGAGCCCUUCGACAGAGGCUUGUAAUAUUGAAAUUUCUGAAUUUGAUGCUCCACCAAAGAUAUUUGAUUGUGCAGAGGACAAUGACUUCUCAUUCUCUCCUUGCUUGAAUAUCUUUGACACUCCGUUGAAGAAUCCCGUGCUUCAAAGCAUUAGUGGCAUGCCCAUUUGUUCAGGGAUGGAUGAUUUUUCUGUAGAACAAAACCAGGAGGUCCGCUCAACGGAGGGUUGUAAGCUGGUUCAUUCUGAAAUGUUUACUCCAUCAAAGAUCCCCGAGCUUACAAAAGAUAAUGAAAGAUCUUGCUUGAACACCUUGUCUGUAGCGGAUGUUGGUAUGUUCUCAAAGAAACCAGAGCUUGCAAGCAGUACCAACAUGUCCCAAUUUUCAGGAGCGGGUGAUUCUGAUGUAGAACAGAGCAGCAAGAUUGUUAAAAAAGAGGCUCCUAAGCUUAAUAAUCAUGACCUAAAAGCUUCAUCAGAAAUGCCUGAGCAUAUAAAUGAUCAAGAUAAUUCUCCUUGCCUGAACACCUUGUCUGUGAAGGACACUGGAACCUCAUUGAAGAAUUGUGAGGUUACGCGUAGUAGUGACAUAUCUACUUGUUCAGGUGUGGUUGAUUCUGUUAUACACAAGGUGCAGGAGGUCCUUCUAACAGAGGCUUCCAAGAAUGAAGUUUCUUCUCAAAUAGAUGAUUCUUCUGUAGAAAAAAGUGGUGACAUGUUUUCAACAGAGACUUGCAAACUGGAAAUGGAACCCUCGGAAUUAAAAUCUCCUUCAAAGACAACUGAGCUUACAAAAAACCAUGACAGAUCUCCUUUCCUGAAUACCUUGUUUGUAGAUAAGACUGUUAGUACAUUGAAGUAUUUUGAGCACACGACUAGUACUGGCAUUUCAGCUUGUGGUAUAGAUGAUUCUGAUGCAGAACAGAGCAGGGAUGUCCUUCUAGCAGAGGCAUGUAAACUGGAAAUUUCUGAAUUGAAUGCUCCCUCAGAGAUUCCUGAGCUUUCAAUAGACGACGAUACAUCUCCUUGCCUGAAGAACUUGUCUGUAGUGAUAACGGAUACUUCACUAAAAACACCCAUCUUUAGGAGAGGUAUAUAUGAUUCUGCCACAGAACAGGGUGGGGAUGUCCUCUCAACAGAGAUUUGCAAACCGGAUCUUUCCAAGUUGAGUAUUGCCUCAAAGAUGGCUGAAAAUACAGAGGACCGUGACAGAUCUCCUUGUCUCAAAAACUUGUUUAUAGAUGAAAUGCCCUUUUUAUCAGAAAUGAAUGAUUCUAUUGUAGACCAGAACAUGGAUGUCCGUCCGACAGAAGCUUGUAAGCAGGAACUUUCUGAAUUGGAUACUUCAUCAAAGAUGCCCAAGGUUACAAAGGACCAGGAUCAAUCUCCUUGCUUGGAUACUUCGUUUCUAGAGGACAUUGGUAAUUUAUUGAGUAAGACUGAGCUUACAAGUAGUACUCUUGUACAAAGUUGUUCAGUUGUGAAUGAUUCUGUCUUAGAACAGAGCCAGGUUGUUCUUCCUCUGGAGGUUUGCAAGCAAGAAUGUUAUGAAUUUGAUAAUGCUUUGAAGGUGUCUGAACUUACAAAGGACAACAUUUUAUCACCCUGCUUAAACAUGUUAGCAGGGGACUUCGGUGAUAAUUCUCCUUGUUCAGGAAUAAAAGAUUUUGCUGCAGAACAGAGUGGCAAUGUACUUCCAACAGAGACUUGCAAACUGAGUCUUUCCAAGUUGAGUACUCCCCAAAAGAUGGCUGAGCUUACAGAGGACCAUGACAGAUCUCCUUGCCUUGAAACCUUGUUUGUAGAUGACAAGUCUCUUUUAUCAGGCAUGGAUGAUUCUACUGCAGAUCAAACCGUGGAUGUUCUUCCAACAGAAGCUUGUAAGCAGGAACUUUCUGAAUUGGAUGCUUUAUCAAAGACUUCUGAGGUAACAAAGGACGAGGAUAGAUCUCCUUGCUCGAACACUGUGUUUCUAGAAGGCAUUGGUAAUUUAUCGAAGAAUAUUGAGCUUACAAGUAGUACUCGUGUACAGUGUUCUUCAGUUAUGAAUGAUUCUGUCUUAGAACAGAAUCAGGCUGUUCUUCCACUGGAGGUUUGCAAGCAAGAAUGCUAUAAAUAUGAUAAUCCUUUAAACGUGUCUGAGCUCACUAUGGACCACAGCUUAUCACCCUGCUUAAGCAUGUUAGCAGGGGAUUCUGGUACUGCAUUGGAAAUGUCUCAAGCUACAAAUGGCACUGAUACAUCUGUUUGUUCGGGUGGCACUGAUUCUGGUCUGCACAAGAUGGUCGAGCUCCAUAGAACAGAAGAUUCCAAGCUACAAAUGGCAUUGGUGAGACAAAGCUCCAGUACUCCAUCAGAGAGGCCUAGGCUUGCAGACAUUGACGAUAAUGCUCCAGAACAAGAUUCAGAGAUCCUUCCAAUGGAGGCUCUUAAGCUGCAGUGUUGCCAAUUAGAAUCUCAAAUUAAAAUGGAGGAGCCUACGGAGGGUCAUGAUAAUCCUGGCUGUCAAUCCAGGCUAGCUGUUGAAAGUGACCUAACCAAACUCAGUUUAGGGCAGCUUCGGAGGCUGUACAAGGAGAAACAAAGGAAACAAAAGAAGUCUGGAAAGGUGAUACGGAAACAGCCUGCUUUGCAGGAUUUGUCAUCAAACGUCUUUGGAGAAGAAUCCAGUUCAUUCAGAAAGUCCGAAGAGAGUCAGCAGGAUUGCAAGACAGAUAACAAUGUGUCACAAGUCAAUACAACAUUGAACGAGCCUGAACUUGUAGACGCAUCUGAAAAGCUUGAUAAGUCUGAAGAAUUCUAUCAGAAAUCAACAGCAGAAACAAGAUUGCCAGAGAUGACAAGCAGUGACAGGGCGUCCCCAGGAGAUCAUGAUUUUCUCUGGGUAUCACCAGCGACAGGAAUUACGACCUCAGAAACUGUGUUUGGUGAGAGUCAGCAGGAUUGCAAGACAGAUUCACAUUGCAACAACGAUGUGUCACAAGUCAAUACAACAUCGGAAGAGCCUGAACUUGCAGAGGGAUCUGAAAAGCUUGAUACGCCUGAUGAAUUCAAUACGGGAAGUAGUUAUGUUCUCCACCAAACAUCACCAGCAGAAAUAAGAUUGCCAGAGAUGACAAGCAAUUACAGCCACAGGGUAUCACCUGGUUCUUGCAUAGAUGAUUCCAUUCUGGAAAAGAAUCGGAAGGCGGCCUGUCAGAUAGAUUUGUGUUUCAAUAAACAGCCUUCCGAAGUGUAUUCUCCAUUGAACAAGCUUGAACUUGCAGAGGCAUGCAAUAGACCUGCUAAGCUAGAUGAAUACAGUACAUCUUUGAAAAAAUCUGAGGACACAGGAGAUCAUGAUUUUCUCUCUGACUUACCAGCGUCGAGAAUUAUAACUUCAGAAACUGUGCUUGUUGAUGAAAGGAAUGGUUUGGCUUUAGAAGAAGAGCAUAAGCCUUUCCUACCAAAUAAUUCUGUGGAGUCAGGACUGUUUGUUGAAGAGCAUAAGCCUUCCCUACCAAAUCAUUCUGUGGAAUCAGGAAUGUUUGUUGAAGAGCAUAAGCCUUUCCUACCAGUUGAAGAGCAUAAGCCUUUCCUACCAAAUAAUUCUGUGGAAUCAGGAUUAUUUGUUGAAGAACAUACUGGUUGUAAGAAGACAGCUACCUCUAGUAAGGUAGAAUCAAGAAUACCCAGCCUUGCAGAUAGGUUGCAAAUUCUAAGAGACAGAUUACAAACAAUUCAAAGCAAUUUGCAAGGACAGGCACCAGAAUUAUCUUAUGCUACCCCUCUCAGGAAAGGAAUAAAUCGCAGAAGUAUUGGAAGUGGAAAGAAGAGCAGGGUUCCUAUGUCUGUAGGCCGAUCCAACCUCGCUUUUGAAGGUGCUAAACUAGCAUCGACAAAGGAAAAUUCCACUGAGAAGACUCCUCUUAGCUUAAAGAGGGAUCAGAGAUUGUACAAGGAGAAUCAAAUCAUAUCAAAGGAUUCUGAAAAGGUGGUGGGUAAACGACCCGCCUUAAGGAAUUUGUCGGCAAAUGUAUUGGAACAGAGGGUGGACUUUGUGGGUCAAACCCUUCCACUAGACAAGACGGCACUCCACAUUCAUGAAGAAGAUUGCAGUUAGGGUCUGCCAAUUAAAGUUAGCAAACUUUCUUUUACAAACAGGAAUGGAGGACUUAGAACUUUGAAUCGUGUGUUUCUGUAAAACUAUGAAUUGUGUUUCUGCUUUAAUUUGCAGAGAAUUUUCUGCAUAAUGUACAGUUCUAGAACGUAUUUGGGAAUUGGCAAAUAGAUGUUUGCCUUGUGAUGCAUUUA